AUGGAACUGAAUCGUCGCUUGAAACCAAAAGGAGUGACAUGUAAUGCUGUACAUCCUGGGAACUUGAUUUACACUUCAUUGUCCCAUACCUCGUGGUUCUAUUGGAUCUUCUUUGUCAUGGCCAGACCAUUUGCAAAGACACCAGUAAGUUUUAAGUUUUGUAAUACACAAUAAUAAACUUGAAGGACUUCAGACGAAUCUAUAGUGGCUGUGCAAGAGGGUACCUUAUGGUACCUUGUGAUACCUGUAGCUCUAAUCAGGAAUGUCAUUCUAAGCACCUCACCUCCUCUGGGGAGAAAGGAAGUGAGAGAGGUGGUGUUUUAGAGAGGAAGGGCAUUACCUGUGUUUCUGCCAGGUUGAAAGUUUUUGUUUUGAAAUUGCUAAUGGGAGCAUUCAAGUGGUCAUUGUGGAAAAGUUUAACUCUUUAACUCCCACAAGUGAUUAACAUACCUGUACUUGUAACUUCUCCCUACAAUAUCCAUACAUUAUCCAGCAAACCUGUUAUGAGAAUACUCAAACUUGUAAGUAGAAGUUAUCUUAAUCUAACACCAAAUUCUCAUAACUAAUUUACAUGGAAAUGUAUAGCUGAUAGAGGGAAGAAUUAAGAAUCCGACUUUGGGAGUUUAAAGGUUAAUAAAUAGUUAACAAAUGAGCUGAAAAUGUGGCUGUUACAGGGGAGGAGGUUGUUAGUAGUGGGCCUUGUGUUUUUUUAAAGAGACCUCCUUAACAUUAAACUUGUCUAACUUACCUUCCUUUUUCCAGGCACAAGGUGCAGCCACUGUUGUGUACUGUGCGACAUCAAAGAGCUUAAUAAAGUAG